AUGCGGCCAUUGCGCCUGUCUUCGUUCAACAUCCGCAUGGAGACAAGCGAGCCUGACCCUGGCGUCAGACGCUCAGUGAGUGCCGACAUUCAGAGAGCACCCAUUGACAACUGGAGCAACAGAAAGAGCGAUGUGAUCAAGAGCAUAUUAGCCUCAGACGCGGACAUCAUAGGCUUGCAGGAGGUCUUGCCUGAUCAGCUUCGAUGCCUGACAGAUGCUCUUCACCCGCACGGAUACCAGCAUGUAGGCCUGGGUCGUGGUGAAGAUGGCGACGAUGAAGCUAGCCCCAUCUUCUUCAAGGGCGAGGUCUUUGACCUCGUUCACCACGACCAGCGAUGGUUGUCUGCGACCCCUUCGGUGCCAGGCUCCAUGCUUGAUGGUGCAGGUUGCCCGAGGGUUGUUACAGCGGCCCUGCUGAAAACCAAGUCUUCCGGCCAACAUCUCUGCGCUUUCUGUUGCCACCUGGACCACCAUGGCAUGGAGCGUGCAGCCUGGCCCUUCUCAAGAGGCCUGCACAUUCAGGCUGCUCAAGCUGAAAUUCUCCUCAAGGAGGUGGACCUCUUUUGUGGGCGUUUGGCUGCAGGCUGCACUCAUGCUGUGCGCGUCAUUCUUGGGGACUUUAAUUCCUGGCGGGGGGCCGGGGCCCACCAAGUUCUCUGCCAGCACGGCUACAAGGAUGCCUCCUCGGCUUCUGGGACCGAUAGCCGGCCAACGUUCACAGGCUUCCGGUCAGGAAACAUCAUUGCACGGCUUGUCGAGAGAUGGAAUAGUGUCCAGAUUGACUGGAUUUUCGCAGGCGGCCCGGCUGUCCUUUCGAAUUAUGCAUUGGGCUCGGGCUCUUACCUUGCAAGUGAUGGGAAGCUUCGAAACUUGAGUGAUCAUGUAAUGAUACUCGCGGAUGUUUCAUUGCAGGCCGGAGAGUUGCCAUGA